UUAGAUUGGUUGUUUUCUUGUGCUUGUGGACGUCACUUCCGGUUUCUUAGUUUUACCCAGAUUAGCUGCCGUAGGAAAGUGACGCCGUUUUGGUUUUAGCUCUCUGCAUCACUGGCUGCAUAAGUUCUUUUAAAUCUAAUUAUUAUGGCAAAGAGACAUGCGGAGAGCACCGUGCAGGAGCUCUCCCCCAAAAAACACCGUCCUUUAUUUCACAGUGUUGAUGUACAGGUGGACAGCAUGGCUUCAGUCGGAGGUGUGCCAUCCCUCCUGGCAUUGUUGGGGAACCGCUGCAAAAAGAGGCCGCACUGUUUUGAAGAACCAGAGCUAACAGGAGGAAAAGAAACAGGUUUUUGUCUGAGGACUGCCGUCUGCCACCCGAGGAAGCACGUGGCUAAUGUUUUGACGGAAUCCAUCUCUGGAAGUUUCCAGGACUCUCGCAGCGCCUGCGCUCUCACAAACAAGAAACGACCUCGGAGGGAAUGCGUUGGUUUGGAGGAAGCGAUUACUCAAGAUAAAAAUAAAACAGUUGACAUAACGGAGAAUGAAGACUGCUCUUAUAACUCCUUCCAGUUCUGGAGAGUCCCCUUACCUGAACUUGACCUUUCCCUGCUGGACGAUGACCCCAGGGCAGAUUCCCAGACCAAGGAGAAGUCAAAAAGCAGUGACUCAUCCUCAGAUGCCAUGGAGAGUUGAAGAUAAAAAGUUAAACAUUCCAAAGGUUUGAACCUGUUUCCAUAAUUGGAUGGACAUAAUGAAGAUUAGGUCAGACACUUUAAAAACCUAAAAAAGGUUGCUCAAAAGACGCAUAGGGACAAGUUUUUGUCUAACUAGAUGUCUAACAGGAAAGACACUUUAUGUGUGAAACAAGUUCAGUGAUGUGUUUUUUUUCUCUCUCAAAGGUUUAUGAUGCUUUGUAGUCAAUCUGCUAGAGUUGUUAUCCAAAUGCUGCAUCAGUUUUGUUAACAAAAGUCUUUGUAUUGAGCUGUUUUUGAAUGGUUUUAUUUAUGGCCACCACAUUUUUAGUUGUUUUCAUAAACAAUAAAACAUUUUCAAGUGUUUUUAUUGUUUUUUAUUAUUUUUUUGCAGUCUUGAGUGAGAGCUUCAACACAAGCAAACUACAAAACGUCCAGAUUCCUGUUAAUCAAGGGUUUGAAUUAACUUACUGUGUUCAGUGGUUUUCUGUGCCAUUAAACAAGGUAAUGAGGACAGAAUGUCGUUGACCGCUAUAGAGGUGUAAACAGGUUUCCAGAAGGAGGUCAUGAAGUCCUCCAGGCUUCUUGGAAAGGCCCGGCGCCCUUUGGACCUGGUCUGAUAAAGGAGCGGCCUGCAGGAGGAAUGAUGGGGCUUGAAUGAGGGUCGAUGGUAGACCUCAACAGUCCUACGAUCUGCAGCUGAACAAUGCAAACAUGUCACGGAAGUCUUGGAUUGAGGAAACCCUCUGCAAGAGAGAGUGUGUGAGGUUCAUCCCUUCUUCAUGGGACCAACACAGAUGUGUUCCAGUAUGUCAAAUAUGCCAAAACUUGAUCAGGUGUUGUUGUGGUCGUCUGGUGGGGGAACAUUCCUGGCAGGAGUCUGUUCCUCCGCUAUCUUUCUAUGCUGCCUCUGGACCAGACAUGGAGGAGGACUGGUCCACAGAGGUCCACACUAGAGCGAGUCCCACCAAUGCUUAUGGGACUAUAGAUUUUGAAGACACCGCGACACGAGUGUGUCGGGCAAAGUACGUCCGUGUGGCCGUGGACUCCAAGCCCGAGGCUUUACUGCAGCUGAUGCUGAGGGAAUGGCAGAUGGAGAGACCCAAACUGCUGCUGACGGUCCAGGGAGGCACAGAAAACUUUGUCUUGCCCCCAAAAGUUAUGCAAGCUUUCAGCAAGGGGCUGAUCACUGCUGCCCUCAACACAGGGGGGUGGAUACUCACCGAUGGGAUUAAUACGGGUGUGUCUAAGUAUGUAGGGGAGGCAGUGAAAGUGUUUGGAGGCCACGACCUGAGAAAGAGGAACACAAUUGGUAUCACACCAUGGGGAGUGAUUGACAACAACAUGGACCUCAUAGGCAGAGAUGUGUUCAAGCCCUACCAGCCACUGGGAAACCCCCUGAGCAAGAGAGUCUGCCUCAACGGGUUCCAUUCCCAUUUCCUGCUGGUGGAUGAUGGAACACUUGGGAAAUAUGGCUGCCAGCAGGGCCUUCGGAAGAAACUGGAGAAGCACAUCCAGCAGCAGAAAAUACAUCCUCGAUUGAACCAAAGAGUGCCUAUGGUGUGUGUAGUGGUGGAGGGAGGUCCCUCCGUUGUUUUCACUGUGCUGGAUUAUGUGAGCAGUGCCCCCCCUGUGCCAGUGUUUGUGUUUGAAGGAUCUGGCAGAGCUGCAGACCUGCUUUCUUUCUUGCACAAGCAGACCGCCAACGACAGGCAGCUGGAUGCUGACAUUAUAGAGGACUUCCUCACUAGAAUUGGUGAUGAAUUUGGAGUGGAGAGAACUGAGGCGGUUCGUCUUUACUCUGUUCUCCAGGAGUGCAUGGACCACAGAGAGUCUAUAACUAUUUUUGACUCUGAAUCAGACGAUCACGCGGCACCAGAUGCAGCCAUUUUAAGUACUACACUCAAGGGCACAAAGGCCAGUCCAGCAGAGCAGCUAAAUAUGGCUUUAGCAUGGGACCAAGCCGACAUCGCUCAGAAGGACAUCCUGGUGUACGGACAGCACUGGCCGGUUGGUUCCUUGGAAAAAGCCAUGCUUGAUGCUCUGGUGUUGGACCGUGUGAGUUUUGUUAAAAUGCUGAUAGACAACGGCAUGACCAUGAGCCACUUCCUCACUGUGGAGCGCCUGGAAGAGCUUUACAACACGCCGCUGGGGCAGACUCCGCGCUUCCUGCAACACCUUGUUGAAGAUGCAAAGCAGACGUCUCUUCCAGCUGGUUACCGUCUUUCUCUUAUUGAUGUUGGCCUGGUGAUAGAAUACCUGAUUGGAGGAGCAUACCGCAGCACCUACACUCGAAAACACUUCAGAGCUGCGUACAGCCGCAUGCAGGACAACGACAGAAGAUGGGACAGUUCUGGCUCCUUUUCUAAACAAAAGCUCGGACUGAAAUCAAACUCCCGGAAGAGUGGAAGUCGUCAGGACUUGCAUUUCUUUAGAACUGCUCAGCCCUACAAACGCAAGGAGCAAGAUGCGACCCCCGGGAGCACUCUAAACACGAGGUUCAGUUCAGGCCUCGGUGACGCUUCACUGCAGGUCCCUUUUAACUUCAACGACCUCUUUGUCUGGGCGGUUCUUCAGCAGCGGCAGCAGAUGGCACUAUUCCUGUGGCAGCACGGUGAAGAAGCGCUGGCCCGAGCCAUCGUGGGCUGCAAGCUUUACCGCUCCAUGGCCUUUGAGGCGCGGCUGAGCAGCAUGUAUGACAACAUCGCUGAAAAAUUCAAGGCAGACUCACUGGAGUUCGGUAAGCUGGCGGUGGACGUGUUGGAUUGUGCAUUUCGACAGAACGGGCAAAUGGCCAUGAAACUGUUGACCUCAGAGAUGGAAGCAUGGAGCCACUUCACGUGUCUGCAGUUGGCAGUCUCCUCGUGUCACAGACCGUUUGUCUCACACUCGUGCACUCAGACCCUCCUCACUGAUCUCUGGACGGGCCCCCUCAACAUGAGAAAGAACUCCUUCAUGAAGAUAAUCUUGAGCCUUCUUCUGCCCCCUGCUAUCUUGAUGCUGGAGUUUAAAAGCGAAGCUGAAAUGUGUCAUGUACCACAGACCCACGAGGCAAUGCUGUUCGGGCUUGACUCUGUCAAGUCAACUCCAGCUCCUCAGGCUACUGCUGACCUGAGUCAUCAUGAUGCAGAGCAGGGCCUUCCUUUUUAUGAGAAAUGUCUCGGUCCUGUGUCAAGAUCUGUUUCCACUGUAAAGGUGCAGUGGCUCCCCUGGAUCACACGAAUAUAUGAUUUCUACACAGCUCCUGUUGUCAAGUUUUGGUUUCACACAAUGUCAUACUUGUGUUUUUUGAUGUUAUUCUCAUUCGUCGUCUUGGUGAAAAUGGAAGCUGGACCCAGUAUUCAAGAGUGGCUGGUCAUUUUCUACAUUGUGUCUACUGCAGUGGAGAAAACCAGAGAGGUUUUGAUGUCUGAGCCGAGGAAGUUGAGGCAGAAGCUGAAGAUUUGGUUCUCAGAGUACUGGAACAUAUCCGAUUUUGUCGCCAUCAUUCUUUUCCUGAUUGGACUUACGUUGCGCUGGCACGCUGAUCCGUACAGAACAGCGGGGCGCAUCACUUACUGCCUGGACAUCAUCUUCUGGUUCAUCAGGGUGCUGGAUCUGCUGGCUGUCAAUCAGCACGCUGGCCCUUACCUCACUAUAAUCACUAAGAUGACCAGUAAUAUGUUCUUCAUCGUGGUGAUGAUGGCUAUAGUGCUGCUGAGCUUCGGGGUCUCCAGAAAGGCCAUCCUGUCACCAGACGAGGAGCCAUCGUGGAGCCUUGCUCGAGACAUAGUCUUCCAGCCUUACUGGAUGAUCUUUGGAGAGGUCUACGCAGGCGAGAUCGAUCAAUGUGCGGGUGGUAAUUCAUGCCCCCCUGCAUCCUUUCUUACACCCAUUCUUCAGGGUGUCUAUAUGUUCGUCCAGUAUAUCAUCAUGGUCAAUGUUCUCAUAGCGUUUUUCAACAACAUCUACUUUGAUAUGGCUUCAACAUCCAACAAGCUGUGGAAGUAUAACCGCUACCGCUAUAUAAUGACCUAUCAGGAGAGGCCGUGGCUGCCCCCGCCUCUAAUCCUCCUCAGUCACAUGGCUCUUGCUUUGAGAUACAUCUACUGGAAGUUUCUGGGAGACACUGAGCCGGAAGAGAGAGGCUCAGGGCUGAAACUUAAUUUAGGCCACGAGGAUCGAAAGAAGCUUCACGAAUUUGAAAAGAAAUGUGUAGAAGUUUACUUCCAUGAGAAGAACAAAGACCUCCAGAACAAUCAAAUCAAGAAGAUCAGAGCCAUAGCUGAAAGAGCAGAAGAAAUGAGUGUGAUGGUGGGGGAGAUCUCCGACAAGGUCAACUUUAUUCAGCACAGCCUGUCAGAGUUAGACUGUCAGAUGGGUCAACUGCAGGACCUUUCUGCUCUGGCGGUGGACACCCUCACUCUUCUCUCUGCCUCUGACAGCCUCCAAAAGGAAGAGGCUCGCUUGGCUCAGUGUCGGGUCAACCCCACUUUGCAACACGUCCUCCCUCACAGCUGGACUCUCCCACACAGGAGCAACGCUGACUGCGAUGUCCCCAAUUUUCGCCGAUUGGUUACCAAAUCAUGCAAAAGUACCCCCCCAUCGUUGCUAAAAGGCUCUGUUGUAGCAGCCAGCAGAAUGGCAUCGUUGGAGCGUCACAUGGGAUCCAAGGAAAGCAAGGAAGAAAAGCACAAAGACACUGAGAGGGAAGAGGAAACAAAAGAGGAUUCUCCGUGUGGAACUCCUGACCACCCCGUUGAAAAGUGGUUGGGAGUCCCAAAGCCUUUGUCGCACGCCUCCUUUACUCUUUUCAACAACGGUAAAAUUAUUUACGAAGGUGAGAGGCAGCAGACUCCGUCCGAGUCCUGUGGAUCAUCCCGCUGUGAGAGUCCUCUGUCUCCAAGAGCUCUGGGGUCCCCUUCUCAAAGGUCCUGGACGUGUGACCCAUAUUUGUAUCCAAGUGUGGAGGACACAUCCAUGGAAGAGCAAGAAGAGUGUGACAGUGAAGAGCAAGAUGACACACAGAAACACAUGACUGACUCAGAAGGUGAUAGAAUGCCGUCUUUUGUGUCAAAACGCUCCAGCCAGUGGAGGAGACCCUCAAUUGCCCCCCGGUGGCUCUACAUGCCCAAAGAGCAAUACUAUGGCUAUAGUAGGUCUCUGUCAUCCAGCAUGGAGAAUAUAACAUUCUCUGGGGCACCUCUUAGCCCAACAAGAGGAUCGUUCUUUACUCUUAAUGAAGCAAUAAGCAAGGAGAGGAUAACUGGCAGGAGGGGCUUUAGAGAUGAUACAUGCCUAUCAUGCAGCAGGAGCCAAGAGUGGUCAAAAUCAUCAGACUUCAUCCAAGUCUCGGGCCCCAGAGCGAAGGGCCAAAACAGGAAGACAGUUAAGAUUAAAGAGAGCUCUUUUGACACGGAAGGCGUUCAACCCCGUCAGUCUGAUGCAUCGUGGAGAGGGCAUCCUAAGUUUACAGGAGAGCCCAGCUGUUGGUCGGCGUCAACCAGCCUCAGUCAGCUCAACUUUGAUCCACCAGAAUCGUUACUGAAACAAAUGGUUUCACAUCAGGAGGUGUGGAGUCCCACUCACUCCGCCUGGAACAGCAGGGCUAAAUCUAUGAGUCGAAGAUCUUCUUUACAGAGUGGAAUUCCACUUGAAGUUAAAAGUCCAUCUUUCCAGUCCAGUGAAAAUUUGUACCCACACUAUUCAGCCACAGAGAGGAACAAUCUGAUGAGAUUGGCUCAAACCAUCCCCUUCACACCUGUUUCCAUUUUUGGAGGUGAAGAGGUGAGCAUCUACUCUCUGGAGGAAGCCCCCUCUGAUGCAGAUGCUGACUCUCCGUCAGCCUCCUCUUGGUCUUCCAAAGGCCUGUCUGCUAUACUGAAGCCCCUCUCCAGUGAGGAAGGCUCUCUGGAUGGCGGUCUCCGGCAGGGCUGCAGGAUGCUUUGUACCUGGGCAGAACAAGAUGUGCUCAAACCUGGUUCGAUAUAUGUGGUGAAAGCUUUUAAGUCAGAAGUGGUUCGUGUUUGGCAGAAGUACUUCCCUGGCAGCACUGCUCUACAGCUUUGUUUAAGGGAGAUCCAGCAGCAAAGAGCAGCACAGAAGAUGAUGCACGUUUUCAACCAGAUCAAGCCUCGAGACAUGCGUCACUCACCACGAUUUUUAGAUGUAUCCCUGAUCCUCUGGCAUUCCAACGGGCAAUGGCUGACUAUUGAGAGAAACAUGACCGGUGACUUCAGGAAAUACAACAACAACACAGGAGAAGAGAUCACGCCCUGCACCUCACUGGAGGACAUGCUGCUCGCGUUCUCCCACUGGACCUACGAGCACUCGGGGAAAGAGCUGCUGGUGCUGGAUAUUCAAGGAGUAGGAGAGGAACUGACGGAUCCAACGGUCAUCAUGGCCGACGAUCAAAGUAGUUGCAAGGGGGAACUGCUUUUUGGCCCUGAUAACCUUGGAGCCGCUGCCAUCAAUGGUUUCCUGCAGAAACAUACUUGUAAUCUCUGCUGCCACAGACUCGGCUUAAAAGAUUUGAGGACUCGUCCAACCAGCAGUGAGAUCAGCAGCGAAGCAGGGAGAAUAUCAAGGAAGGAAGAAUAAGCCAACAAUGAAACAUGGAUGAAGUAGGGAAAAAAGACAUUAUUAAAGCAGACUAUUUUGGGGAUUUUUCGAUUAAACUCCUUCUGAGUUAAGAACUGAGUAUUUUUUUUUAGACUAGAGUUUAAAUUUUACCUCUCAGGUGUUCUUUUUUAAAUAGAGAGUAAGUAUGAAAGCACUUUCCAAAACACUUAAACUGGUAACUUUUUUUUUAACUCACUACCUAAUUAUGAUAUUAAUGUAAGCCCAGUGCAAUGACCUCUAUGCAAUAAUACUCAAUUGCCAGAAUACUAGGAAAUGCUGAUGUCAGUUUGUAUUUAUGAAAAUGAGAAAAAAAAAUAAUUGAAUCAAAUUCUUGUUUGUUCACUCUUCAGCUUCAGUCGUGUCCACCUUACUCACCUGUUUAAAUGUUUUUUUUGUAUCCAUUUCAGCUUGAAUGACUGAAAUGGUUAAAUGAUAAAACAAAAAAAA